UGAGAUUACAAUUAUACAUUGCAUACUUUAAACUCAAGAUGUAUGCCUAUUUUUUCUUAUCUCUUUGUUUCUCUGCUUUCCAAAUUAUGAUUAGUACAAGAGGAUUAGAAUACUUGCUUUGGCUAUUAUUUGUAGCCACUUUGCUUCAUGCUUGUCAAGUAAAAUCUUGCGUAGAAGAAGAGAGGCUUGGUUUACUAGACCUUAAGGCCUACAUGCUAUCAUUUUCGGACCAUGGCGAAUUUACAAGGCCAUGGUCCGAUAAUGGAGAAAGAUAUAAUUGUUGUGCUUGGAAUAUGGUUCAGUGCAACACGUUCACUGGACGUGUAAUUGAGCUAGAUCUAAGCUCCAUGGUGAAUUACUACAAUGAUAAACUUGACAACCCAUGGUUGUUCAACGUAACACUUUUCCGCGCUUUUGAGCAACUUGUAGGCCUCGACUUAUCCAACAACAACAUCAAUGGUUUGGUGGAGAAUGAUGGUUCUUUAGAGAUCACAACUAUGGAAAACCUCCAAGAUCUGAAUUUGGGUUCUAGUAAUUUUGAAACUCGCGGUAUUUCUGCUGUGUCGCUUCUUACUUCCCUUAAGAAAUUGAGCCUUGAUGGUUGUGGUUUGAGCGAGUCCAACUUUAAGUUUCAAGAUUUGGCGAGGAUGACAGAGCUAGAAGUACUAAAUCUGAGUGACAAUGAAUUCCAAGGUCCUGUACAAGAAUUGCUUACGAAUCUUACAAAUCUGGAAAAACUACAUGUACUAGAUUUGGGGAACAAUAACUUCCAUGGAUCCAUCCCAGAUAUAUGUAAAUUCAAGAAUCUGCUAGAGUUGCGCCUUCAUAACAAUCUUUUUAACGGGGUCUUACCUUCAUGUCUACAAAACUUGUCUUCCUUACAAGUUCUUGAUCUUUCAGAUAAUCAAUUCAAUGGAAACUUCAUUGAUAUGGUCUUAAACUUUACAUCCUUACAAUACUUAGACAUCUCAGAUAACUUCUUUGAAGGGAAGUUUUCCUUAAGUUCUUUUGCCAACUUUACAAACCUUGAAGUUUUACAACUUUCAAGAAACAAUAUAGAAGUCCAAACAGAAGAUAUAUCAUGGUUGCCUACAUUUCAGUUGCGAUUCGUAGGAUUAGGAGGUUGUAAUCUCAACAAACCAUAUGGGUUCAUCCCUAAAUUUUUGUUACAUCAACAUAAACUUAAAGAGAUUGAUCUCUCCGAAAACAACUUAGUUGGAUUGUUUCCUUCUUGGUUGUUGAACAAUACUCAGCUUACAACUUUAUACCUAGGAAGUAACUUCCUCAAUGGAUCUAUUCAGUUGGCUGGUUAUGAUAAUGCAUCUUUGGAUAUUCUUGACGUCUCUAGCAACAAUAUUCAAGGUUCGUUACCUGAAAAUUUCGGUUUAGUAUUCUCCAAGCUCUCCUUUUUCAACAUCUCUUUGAAUCAUCUCGAGGGACAUGUUCCAAGCUCGAUGAGUCAUAUGACAAGACUAAUUAUGCUUGAUAUGUCGAACAAUAACUUGUCUGGAGAAAUUUCGAUAAGUUUACUUAGUCAUUGUAACGCUUUGAUGGUACUACGAUUGUCUGACAAUAACUUGGAGGGAGAAAUAAUUCUACAGCAGAUGAAUCUACCAAACUUGAAAUGGUUGCAAUUGAGUAACAAUCACUUCAAGGGAACAAUUCAGGAUGGACUUCGAAGAAGUAAUCGAUUGUUUUUGUUGGAUAUAUCGAACAACAAUCUAACGGGGAAGAUUCCUAGCUGGAUUGGUGAGUUCUCCAUGUUAUAUAUUUUAUCGAUGUCUGAAAACAAUUUUCAAGGUCACAUUCCAAUAGAAAUAUGCAACCUCCUCCAACUGAAUUAUUUGGAUCUUUCACAGAAUAACUUUACUGGACAUAUACCUUCAUGCUCAAACUUUUCUUUAUUAAGUUAUGUGCACCUAAGCAACAACAAUCUUACUGGACCUAUACCAACAGCAUUAUCAAGCAACUCGAACCUAGCAAUACUUGAUCUAAGGAAUAAUCAACUUACAGAGAGUAUUCCACUGUGGAUUGAUAAACUUUCAAAGUUGCAAGUGCUCUUGUUGAGCAGGAAUAAUCUACACGGCGAAAUUCCUAAUGAAAUGUGUGAAUUAGAAGAUAUGAACAUAUUAGAUCUAUCGCAUAACAACUUAUCUGGAGGGAUACCCGCGUGUUUUGGUAAAUUGUCGUUUGGGAUGAGAGUUUUCUCACAUGACAGCAACUCACAGAAUACAAGGAGUAAUUUGCAUGUGUACUUAUAUGCCAUUCCAGAAGAAGUGCAAUUUCUACAAAAGAACGAGUACCUCUCUUAUGUAGGGGGAAUUCUUCAACUUAUGUCAGGACUAGAUUUGUCCAGCAACAAUCUUACUGGUGUUGUUCCUUCAGAGUUGGGAAACUUAUCGCAGAUUAUAUCAGUUAACUUGUCGCGUAACCUUUUAACUGGGUCCAUCCCGAGUAGCUUCUCCAAUCUUAAGCAAGUGGAAAGCCUAGACUUAUCCUUCAACAACUUGAGCGGCAUGAUCCCUUCUCCACUUGGCGAGCUAAACUUCUUGGUGAUUUUUAAUGUGUCUUAUAAUAACCUGAUUGGGCAUGUGCCAGAGGCAGGGCAGUUUGCAAACUUCGAUGAGCGAAACUAUCUUGGGAAUCCUGGACUUUAUGGAUUUCAUUUGACUGUAUCUCCGAGCUCAAUGGCCAAAGCAUUGCCUCCGGUUAGUCCAACCAAGGAAGAUGAAGACCAAGAAGACGGAAUAUACAUGGAAGAUUUUUUCUGGAGCUUCGGUAUGUCCUGUGUCGUCAUAUUCCUUGCAACCAUCAUAGUUCUUUGUGUGAACCCUCGUUGGCGUACAGCAUGGUUCGAGUUUGUUGAGCAGCAUAUACGGUGGUUGCCAAUCCCAUAGCUGAUGUAGUAUCCUUAGUGAUUAGUUCAAACUUCAAUGUACUCCAUAUUAUACUUAGGAAAAAUGGAUUAGAAUGACUCCAACGUUGGCUCAUCCGCUUUUAAUAUCUCUAACUAUGGGUUAUUCCUGUAUAAUCUCAACUAUUGGGUAGUUCCACCACAAAUGCGCCGUGACCUGAAGGAAACCUAUUUAAUCGGUAAAUACUAAAUAGCCUACGUGUCACCCCUCCUCCACCCUCCCACCAUCCCUAUAGGCCCCCUCCCCCACCCUCAGCAGCCCCCCUCCCCCACCCCUGCGCUGCCCGCCCUCGAUUUCAAAACAGUCCCUUCCCCCACCCCUUGCAGCGCCCCACCCCCCUUCUCAUCAACGGAUCUGAGCGCCUCCCCCCCCCCCCUCCCCUCUUUUUCUCUGUUAGAUGAACUGGGGUUGUGAAUGGGACUGCUGUGGCCUGUGGUGGAGGGGGUUGGGCUGGAUGAGGGCUGCAGCAAUGGGGGAGAAGGUGGAGAAGGUGGCUAAAAUGGUAGUGGGUGGGAGUAGAAAUUAAAAAUAAAAUAAAUUACCUUGCUAACAAGUUAUAAGUCAUUUGGGUGCAUUUUUGGCGGACUUUCCCAAUAGUUGAAAUUAUACAAGAAUAACCCAUACUUGGGGGUAUUAAAAGUGAAUGGGUCAAAGCUGGAGGUAUUCUGAUCUAUUUUUCCUUAUACUUAUGUAUGGUAGCAAAUUAGACAUGAAUUAAGGAGACAUUCUAGACUAAGUUUGUAUCUUAAUGUUAGAUUUUGCAUUAUCAUGUAUAUGUACUCUGCUUCACAGCCUUCCUAACAUCUGUAUUAUAUACUUCAUGCUAUAUAGUGUGGCUGUGUGGCACGGAUAUUAAUCUCACUAUAGAACAAUGAUGUGUUAUGUCGGAAUCUUUAAUAUAUAAUCAGAUUAGCAAUA